GGAAAUGUCAGAAAAUUCUGAAUUACUUAAACGGCUCGAUCCUUUUGAUUAUUUUAAAAAAUUUCUCGUUGAAGGAAUUUACCCUGAAGGAAGAACAAUUAAUUCGUUUCGAGAUUCUUUAAUUGAAUGUAGAGGGAAUGUAAGUGAUUAUCAGUCUUCUGUAAAUGUUCAACAAGGAGGGACUUAUAUUUCUUGCAAUGUUAAAUUGAGUUUGGGACCAGAUUCUGAUGAUUCUGUGUUUAAAUGGGAAAUUGAAGCAAUGGAGAGUGUUCCCAAGGAUUUAUUAGAGCAUUCAAAAGCCCAUUUACGUGUAUUACUUGGAAGUGAUUCUUGUCUUAUUUCUCCAGAACAAUUGAUUGUUUUUACUCAAAAUGAAGGGAAAAACACAAAAAAAUUUCAACUCAGAUGGACUUUACAUUUAAAAAUAAUGGUUCUCAGUUGGGAUGGUUUUCUAUUAGAUGCAAUAUUAACGGCAAUACAAGCUUCUCUUUUAAAUACACGGUUUUUAUUUUUUUUAAUUUUAAAAAAAUUCUUUUUUAGCCUUCCAACAUUUAUUGAAUACAAAACUUCAAUUUUAUCUGAAACUUUAUUUGCUGAGGAUGAUGAUUUUUUACUUGGAGAGGAAGUUCCUUUAGAAUUUAAUAUUGAAAAGGUUCGGAUUGUUAAACCUGAAUCUGAAAAUAAACCGUUAAAGUUAGAAAAAAUAUUAGCUUAUUUGCCUUUUUUGCUUUGCACAAUUGAAAAUCAAGAGAAAAAACAACGUUUUCUUCUCUGUGAUCCCCCAGCAGAUUUAUGCAAACUUUAUAAUAAUGAUUUUUGUGAAAUUAUUAUUGGACCAAAUGGAAAUAUUAAUUUAUUAAGUAUGUGUUGUUCACCUUCAUUUUCAAAGUCUUAUCCAAAUGAUAUUGAUGGAGAAUUGUUAAAUGAGAUUAUUAAUAUUGCUAUCAAAAGACAUCUAUUUGUUAAUAAUGCUUUAAACAAGUGUAUCCUUUGA